GCUUUGCUGUAUUUGCAAUUGAGCGCAAACAUCGAGCAGCUUAGCCAGGACAGUGAUCCGGCUCUUUUGGAUUCCUAUGUCAACUUGAAGUCGUUGGUGCCGGACGUCGAUGAAGCGAUUGACGAGGAUUCAGAAGUGCCACGCCUACCACCGGCUUGCGUGCAAGGCUUCUUGUCGAAUGGCCUUACGUAUUUCGUUAUGCAGAACCAUGAACCCAAGUCACGCGCGGAACUCUUCUUGGUUGUCGGUUUCGGGUCGUUGGUGGAAGAUGACGAGGAGCGUGGCAUCGCCCACAUCAUCGAGCACUUGGGGUUUUCCGCCACCAAAGCAUACGAAAACCAUGCCAUCGUGAAGUUCUUGGAAUCCAUUGGGGCACCCUUCGGUGCAUGUCAGAAUGCAUACACCAGUUUUGACCGGACGGUGUACACGCUGCACGUGCCCACCGACAAAGACGGUGUACUGGAAGAGUCCCUGAAGCUCGAUGCGAAGCGAGAGAAGAGGUCGAAAGCCUCGAAGAAGUCCAGAAAGGACAAGAAGAAGAGAUCGAGCAAGAGGAAGCAUGGGAAACAUGCGAAAGCCAAAAAGUCCAAGAAGGACAAAAAGAAGAAAGACAAGAAGUCAGAGGACGAGCCGCUUUGGAAAAAGGAGCCUGUAAAGAGAUGGCAAAGCUGGCAGUGGAGAAGCCAGAGUUCCGGCUCCGACUGGAAGAAGAAGUCCGAUGAGGACGGCUCUUGGAAGGCUGAUGACUGGAAGAGCCAGCGAGGAUGGAACAGCGGUGGAAGCUGGAAACAGUCCAAUUGGAAUUGCAAAAGGGGGUACGGAGCUCCGAAAGGACAAGCCCCGAAGGUAAAGGCUCGCCCGAGCACCAAAGAUGAUGAUAUGGAAGCUGAUUGGGACUACUGGUCCAUUGCCAUCGAAAAUUGCAAAAAUGAUGGUCACAGAGUUGCUAGCCCAGCGGAAGCAAGGGAUACUGGCGCAGCCAUCGUGCUGGAUGAUGCCUACGACGAUGAUGUGUGCGAACGCAUCUUGGGGGAGCUGGAAACGGCGUACCAGGAUACUGUGCCUGGGUCGUUGCUUAAGAAGUUGAGUGAGGCAUUGGUCAAGAGCCAGCGAGCAUGGCCUGACAUUGAAAACAGCCUCCUCAUGGAAGGAGGCGGCUGGUCAGCGCUGGUGGUGCCAGUGUUUGAUGGGCAGGGACCGACAAGAAAGCCCUUGACCUCUGAGUUCCACAGGGACGUGCCGGAACAGGAUGCCUAUCCGUACAGCUUCGCUCAUGGCACGUCCUUUGGCUCGCUGCCAUACAUCAUGGCGGAGGGAAUGAUCCGACCUCAGAAUUGGUCGGUGCUCCCGUCGCUCGGCUUCUUUGGGAUUGCCUGCAUGGGCUGGCUGGAGAACGACAAAGACUCGGAAGUGCUCAAGCAACUUUUGAACAACGCUCUUUCCAUCGGAAAGGGGCAACAAGAUGCACUCGUGUUAGGCUCAGCUGACAAGCGCAAUGAAGCUUUUCAUAAGAUUUUGUCGUUGCUCCAUGCUUUUUCGACUUUCUUUGACUUGGCUUCGUUGCUUGAAGAUGACGAGAAUGAAGGAGACUCCUUGCCCCGUGCGUACGUUCUGCGAGUGGCUGGUCAAAUCGAACAGUUCCCCGCCGUUUGGGGAAAAGGUGGUCUGGACUUUUGUUCAGUGUGUUUUGAAGAUGCCCCGGACCGCGGCCUCGACCUUGGACAAGAGUCCGUGGGACCCGGCCCCUCCACUGACGGUGGCGGAGGUGUUACAGUUGCAUUCCAUCGCACACGACAGAAAGAUGUUCUCGAUGCGCAGCGCAGAAGGAUCUUGCCGUUGGUGAUACCAGGAAUUGGCAUCGGCCAGGCCCCGUUCGGGCAAUUGCUCCUCGAUAUCCGGAACGAGGCGGGGCUCAGGAAUGAUGAAGUGGACAAGCCGUUCUUGCCGGCACCGCUUCCAAAUGGGGAGUGGUCGUCUGAUCCUCUGUCUUCGAGCGAGAUCACCCGUUGGCUGCGAUUUUUGCUCCCUCGCCCGUCUUCGGAGAAGCAACUUUCGAGCCAUUCGCUCAAAGUGACCACCUUAGUUUGGUGCAGCCGAUUCGGGAUAACUCGUGAAACGAAGAGGGUUUUAGGACACCGCGCGGAUGCAGCGUCUGGGUCUGAUGCCGUGUAUGGCAGGGAACUGCAGAGUGCGGCGUUGAGGGAGUAUAUUCUUAUACUUGAAGCUAUUGCUGCUGGCCAGUUUUGGCCAGACCGCACCAGAAGUGGACACUUUGCCCCUGGAUGGAGCCGAGAAGCAAUUCUCAAAGCAACGGCCGCCGCCCCGGCCGCGAUGGUACAGUCGACCGACAUCGCAGAGGAUGAGGACGAAGCUUUAGCCGUGGUUUCAGAUGACUCUGAUUCGGAUGCGGAUGAUACGGACAUGCCCCUUUACUGGGCUCAUCCUACGAGCCAGAUUUUGCAUAGGAAGGUGUUGCGGGAAUUUGCAUAUUUCACUCGCAUUUCGGACGAGGAUUUAGACAAGGAGCGGAAAGUUGUCUUGGAGGAAUGGCGUGAAAGCAGGAAUGCCCAGGGUCGCCUCAGUGAGCGGUACAUCCAGGAGCACAUCAUCCGGGCGGUGUCAUCCCAAACGCUUCGACGCUUCUAUCAAAAGUUCUACCAUCCAGCACGUAUGGCUCUGGUUGCCGUGGGUGACUUCGAUGCGCCUUGGGUGGAGAUGCGAAUCAAGGAGCUCUUCGACAUUCUUCCAGAGGACUCGACAUUUCUCCACUUCCCCGAUGCCCGGUGGCUGCAGCACCUGAGCGUCCGAGGCAUGCGGCAUGUUGACAUCGCCGUUUCGUGGAGCGUGGGUGGAGGGAGGAGGUCGAGGAGUGCCAGCAAGCGGAAGAGGCAGCCAGGCUUGGCUUUCGCACUUCGUGAAGGGACGCUGUCCAAGCUCGAUGUUCGUGUGGCCAGCAGCACAGACCCGGAGCUCAGUUUUGCCCAGAGCAUGAUCGAUUGCAAGCGGCCACGUACACCUGUCCGCUUCGUCCGUGAUGUUCGCCGGCGGAUCACGGAAGACCUUUUCCACCGCGCCUUCAGUGCAAGGUUGCUGAGGCUGACCUUGCAAGGCCCUUUGGAAGGAGGUCCGCGGGACUUCUUCUCUGCGGGCACGGACACCUCGGACCCCUUGCCCGCCCUGAGCCCACUGAGCGCAAGCCUGGCGCCACUGCCGGGUCGCGUUCGCCCAGCCAUCGCCAGCUUGCUAAGGGAGCUCGAGCGCAUUCGCCGAUUUGGCUUUCAUGUCGCGGAGGUGCUGCGGGCGAAACGAUCCAUGCUUGCCGAGUUCGAGGAGGAGUACAUUGAGCGGGAGCAGCGGCCAUCCGAUGGCUUUGCGGAAGAGCUGACUAGUUUUUUUUUGGACGAGGACCAUGCUCCUGGCGUAGAGGAUCGCGCGCGCUUGGCGUCGGUCUUGCUUCCCCGAAUAUCCAGCGAGGAGGUGUCAAACGUUUCCAAGUUGUAUAUCUUCGAGGACAACGUCGUGGUGAAAAUUGCCACCCCGUUGAUGUCUCUUCGAAGUCCGGCAUAUACUGCGUGGAGUACUUUGCAGGCCUGCCGUCAAUUUCGCAUUCCGCGACCUUCCCUGGACUUGCCCAGCGAGGAGGAGGUGACUCAGCUCAUGCAGGCCGUGGCCACGGAGCAGCUCAAGGCGUGGCCAGCAGAUGAGGAUGAUGUCGAUUCACGCUUGAAGCUCCUCUUCGACGCCACUGCUUCGGACCGUUUGGCGAACGUGUCGCAGACUAGGCGCCGCCAGGUCCAGGCUCUCGGGGUGCCCACUGCCAGCCGCAAAAGCACCACGGCCACGGCCACGGUCACGCCUGGAUCACCCGACGACUUCGGAGAGGAGGUGAUCCUUCAGAAUGGCUUCAGAGUGUUCCUGAAGGAGACGGAUUUGUUCCAGGAUGAGAUCUUGGUGAAAGGUCGGCGUUGGGGAGGACUCUCCGAGUUUCAAGAAAGUGGCAUGUUCAGUGGAGGCGUCAGCUGCGAGGCGCAGGUGAACUCCAUGUGCGCCAUGAUGCUCGGCAUCUGCGGCUUGCCAGCCGAAUCCAUGCAGGAGUGCCUUGAGGGUCGGCGCGUGGAUCCGAGCCCGCCGAGUAUGGAGGCUUACACCACCUCCUUGGAUGCUUCAUCCUCGCCGGCUGACUUUGAGGUGCUUCUGACCUUGCUGGCGUUGCUCUUCCUGAAGUCGGUGUCGCCAGGUCAGGGAACCGCAGGGAGACUCUCCUUGGUGAAGCUGGGCCUCCUGGCUUGGCGCUUGGCGGAAGACCGAGAUCCGCAGAGCAAGUUCCGCCGUCGUCUGCAAAGUGCCAUCACCAGCAACCAUCCGUAUACUUGGCUGCCGAGCUUGUGGCGGAUCCUGCGCUUGAACUUCCGGAUCGCCUCUCAGAUCUUCAACGAGCGCGCGUCGAUGCCCCGCGAGUGGACCUUGGUGCUUGUGGGCCGAUUGCCGCCUCGAAGCGAGCUGCUGCCGCUCUUGGAGACUUACUUGGGCAGCAUCCCGAAUGGGGAGAGCGGUGCGAGCAGCCAGCGCCCCGAAGAUUUGCAGAUGCGUCAAGCGGUGACUCCUCUAGAAAUCGAAUUUCCAGCCACAUCAGUGCGAGAAGAUGUGCACCUGCACAUGGUUGAGCCAAAGGGCAGUACGGUUCUGUGCUUUCCGCUGCAGAUGGUGUCGGUGUCGGAGGCAGAGUCGGCGGAGGCUUGCUCCGAAGAGCUCCGAGAGCUCAUGCGGCUCCAGCUCUUGGUGCGGCUCCUGGAGACCCGCUUGGUGGAAGUCCUCCGCUUCCAGCGCGGCCAGGUCUACAGCGUGUCUGUGGGCACUGACCUUUCCUUGGCCCCACCGCAAAUGGGCAAACCGCGCCGCGGAACAUUGAGCAUCAGCUUCGAGUGCGACCCGGCAGAGUCGGACGAGCUGGUCGCAGCGACGCAAGCGGAGUUGGAUUGCCUGAAAGAUGGCUCCACAGAGUUCACGGAAGCAAACGUUGCAGCGGCGCUGGAACAGGAUUCUCGCGAGUUUGAGGAGCUGAUCCACACUAAUGGUUGGUGGGCUGGCACAAUGCUGGACCUCUAUUUCUCACGUUGCUACGUGGCUUUCGGGGAGAUUGGCCAGACUGUGUCCCUUUGGUGGACCUGUCGGCAGGAUGUCUUGCAAACCUACAAGGUGGCCGAGGCCAUCAAGCAGCUCCGGGAUGUCCUCGCGACGGCACGUAGUGUUACGGUGGCCAUGCGACCAAAAAGCCAGGUCGCCGCGACGCCGACCACCUGA